AUGUAUAGUGCAAAAGAGGGAGACAGCCAAGAUCUGGAACUCAGAGGAGGAGUGUAUGUGGUCUUUGAGGAUGUGGCCAUAUAUUUCUCCCGGGAGGAAUGGGGGAUCCUUAAUGAUGCUCAGAGACACCUGCACAGCAAUGUGAUGUUGGAGAACUUUGCACUUUUGUCAUCAGUAGGUUGUUGGCAUGGAGCCAAGGAUGAGGAGGUACUUUCCAAGCAAUGUGUUUCUGUAAGAGUGUUACAGGUCACAGCUCCAAAGCCAGCUUUGUCCACCCUGAAGGCCCAGCCCUGCAAGACAUGUAGCUCACUUCUGAAGGACGUUCUGCACAUGGCUGAGCAUGACGGAACACACCCUGAGCAAGGGCUGGACACGUGUGCAGCAGGGCAUGACCUGCAGCAAAAGGAGCAGGCUAGAGAGAAGCUCACCAGAAGUGAUGAGUGGAGCCCUUCAUUUGUGAACUACAGUGCUCACGGGGGAGAGAGGAACUUCACAUGCACACAGGGUGGCAGGGAUUUUACUGCCAGCUCAGACCUUCUCCAGCAACAUGUCUUGAACAGUGGGCGGAAGCUAUACAGAGAUACUCAGGAUGGGGAAAACUUUCAAGGUAAACAGAAUGAUUUCAACUCCAGCCAAGGUGGGAAAGACUUUUGCCACCAACACAGGCUGUUUGAGCAUCAAAAAACCCAUAAUGGGGAGAGGCCUUAUGAGUUCAGUGAAUGUGAGGAAUUGUUUAGGUACAACUCCAACCUUAUUAAAUAUCAGCAAAAUCAUGCUGGAGAAAGGCCUUAUGAGGGCACUGAAUAUGGAAAGACCUUUAUUAGAAAGUCCAACCUAGUUCAGUGCCAGAAAAUUCACACUGAAGGCUUUCUUUCAAAAAGGUCUGACCCCAUUGAACAUCAGGAGAUUGGCAGUAGACCAACGCCUCAUGAAUGCACCCAGUGUGCUUUCCUUACACAGGCUCAUCUGGUUGGUCACCAGAAAAUCCGUACUGGAGAACAGCCCUACGAAUGCAACAAGUGUGGGGAAUUUUUUAUGUGUAACUCUAAACUCAUUAGACGUCAGAAAGUUCACACUGGGGAGAGGCAUUACGAGUGUAGCAAAUGUGGGAAAUUGUUUGUGGACAGCUCCACACUUGGUAGACACAGAGUUCAUACAGGAGAAAGGCCUUUUGAAUGCAGCAUAUGUGGAAAAUUCUUUAGUCACCGCUCCACACUCAGUAUGCACCAGAGAGUUCAUACUGGCAAAAAGCCUUAUAAGUGUAAUGAAUGUGGGAAAGCCUUUAGCCUCAAACAUAAUGUCGUUCAGCACCUGAAAAUUCACACUGGAGAACGGCCUUAUGAGUGCACUCAAUGUGGGAAGGCCUUUGUUAGAAAGUCCCACCUAGUUCAGCACCAGAAAAUCCACACUGAAGCAUUUUCAAAAAGGUCUGACCUCAUUCAACACGAGAGGAUUGACAUCAGGCCAAGGCCUUACGGGUGUAGUGAAUGUGGGAAGGCCUUCCUUACACAGGCUUAUCUUGAUGGUCACCAGAAAACCCAUACUGGAGAAUGGCCUUAUGAAUGCAGCGAAUGUGGGAAAUUCUUUUUGGACAGCUACAAACUGGUUAUUCAUCAGAGAAUUCACACUGGAGAAAAGCCUUAUAAAUGCAGCAAAUGUGGGACAUUCUUUAGAUAUCGUUGUACACUGAGUAGACAUCAGAAAGUUCACACUGGAGAAAGACCUUACGAGUGUAGUGAAUGUGGGAAAUUUUUUAGAGACAGCAACAAACUCAUUAUUCAUCAGAGAGUUCAUACGGGAGAAAAGCCUUAUGAGUGCAGCAACUGUGGGAAGUUUCUUAGAUACUGCUCUACAUUCAUUAAACAUCAUAAAGUUUGCAAUGGGGAGAAGCCUCAUGAGUGCAAUAAAUGUGGGGAAUUGUUUAGGAUUAAAUCGAGCCUUAUUACACAUCAGCAGCCUCACACUGGAGAAGUCCUUUUAAGUUAA